AGGCGACAAAGUAACGUCAAAACACGGAGAGAGGAAAAAAAAAACCGAAUUCUCCUAUAAACCCUAGAUUCUCGGAUCGGCUCCGAUUUGUGUCCGAUUGAUCAUUGUUGAUGUCAAUGAUGAUGGUUCGUGGUGGAGCAAAGCUUGCCUCGGCGUUAAUGGCGGCGACAGGACCCCGAUUCUUCUUUUCGACCGCUACCGCACGUGCGGUGUCCAACGAGACUCUCUCCGGUCAUCUUCUGAAGCCAACUGCGGCGGAUGUUUCUCCUGCCGCCGGAAAGAUUCUCAGUGGUUGGAUUUGGGUUAGGGGUCCGGCAAUCGGAAGCGUGCGAAAUGCGAGCAUGAUGACAAUGGGAGAUAAUACAAAGGCAGCGGGGGCAGGAGAGAAGAAAUCGGAGACCGGGUCUUCUAAUGGUGGCGCUGGCGCCGGAGGUAACGAGGACGAUAAAGGGAUUGUCAGUUACUGGGGCGUUCAGCGGAGCAAGAUCGUUAAGGAGGACGGGACUGAAUGGAAAUGGUCUUGCUUCAGGCCAUGGGAGACGUACAAAUCUGAUACGUCGAUUGAUCUGAAGAAGCAUCAUGUUCCUGCAACGUUCAUGGACAAACUUGCUUAUUGGACUGUCAAAUCUCUCCGAUGGCCUACCGAUAUCUUCUUCCAGAGACGGUACGGAUGCCGAGCCAUGAUGCUUGAGACCGUAGCGGCCGUGCCCGGAAUGGUUGGGGGAAUGCUUCUGCACUGCAAAUCUCUACGACGGUUCGAACAAAGCGGAGGAUGGAUCAAAGCCCUCCUCGAAGAAGCCGAGAACGAGAGAAUGCAUCUAAUGACGUUCAUGGAAGUAGCCAAGCCCAGAUGGUACGAGCGAGCCCUGGUUUUCACCGUCCAAGGCGUCUUCUUCAACGCCUACUUCCUCGGCUACUUGAUCUCACCCAAAUUCGCUCACCGUAUGGUCGGAUACCUUGAGGAAGAAGCAAUCCAUUCCUACACAGAAUUCCUCAAGGAACUCGACAAGGGCAACAUCGAGAACGUCCCUGCUCCGGCUAUCGCCAUCGAUUACUGGCGGCUGCCGGCUAAUGCCACUCUCCGGGACGUGGUUUUGGUCAUCAGGGCCGACGAGGCUCACCAUCGUGACGUCAACCACUUCGCAUCGGACAUACAUUACCAAGGCCGCGAGCUGAGGGAAGCUCCUGCGCCCAUUGGGUAUCACUGAUUUCGUCCCUUUUAACGGUUAUGUUAUAUGGGCCUAUGGGCUUUCAGUGAAAUGGGCCUGUUAGCCCAAUCAGUAGGAGGGGUUUGAAUUGGGCCCAUUGGCACUUUGUGCCUUGGUUGGCAAUCGAAGAGGAACGCAGAGAGGUAUACUUGUGUUGUCUUUUUGGGAUUAUUAUUGUCUUAACCUGCUUACGUUAAACUUCAUCAAUAUAAAUUUAACACACAUUAUAAAAUUGCGUAAAAUGUUAUUAGUUAGAGACAUCGAUUACAAUAAUAACGUUUAAUGAUUAAUUAUUAUAUUUUGACUGA